GGAUUUUGGUAUUCUCUCAGAUCUCACGAGCUGAUGGGAUCUGACAAAAAAAAAUAAAGCGCGCGUUAGUUAGUGGACUUGUUUAUCUGGCGUGGAUUGUUAAAAUGUCCAAAAGAAAAUUACCCUUAUGGAUGCGAGACGCGGAACUUUCACCUGUUCCAGUAGCAGGGAAAAGGAUUGCUUUAUCGGAGAAGGAAACCAAUGUCGAUGCGGUAGAUGAAAACGAAAGUUCAAAACCCACCACUAAAAUAGAAAAAGAGCAGAAUCAGGACCAGGAGGAUACUCCUCGUCGAAGGCUACGAAGCAAUUUCAAAAUUCCGGAUGAAAUUCCCAAACGGGAACCGGUAAUCCAAUUGAACAUUGAGGACGUCCCUUUCAUCGAGUACAAAGGGGAAAUUCGCUAUUACACGGAUAUGCGGGACAUGGCCUUUGCGUGCGACCAGCUGUUCCAGUGGGUUGAAAGCACAUCGGCGAACGAACAUCCGGUGGUGCCGAUUGCGUUCGAUCUCGAGUGGCCGUUCAGUUUCCAGACCGGACCAGGAAGAACCGCACUGAUGCAGUUGUGCGUUCAAACGGACGUUUGUCAUCUGUUUCAGUUGUCUUGUUUGAAGAAACUUCCGGCAGCGAUGCUGCAGCUGUUGAAUCACCCGCGGGUCCAACUGCACGGGGUCAAUGUGAAGAACGAUUUCCGAAAGUUGGCGCGAGACUUUCCGGAAGCGAAUGCGGAUCAAAUGAUAGAGAAGUGUGUGGAUUUGGGUGCGUGGUACAAUCGGAUUCACGGUUCGACUGGGUUGUGGAGCAUGGAGCGGCUGGUGCUGCAAGUUUGUCGCCUGCGAGUGGACAAGAACAAGAAGGUCCGGAUGAGCAAGUGGCAUGUGCUGCCGCUGAGCGAUGACCAAAAGAUGUAUGCGGCGGUUGAUGUUUAUAUCGGUCAGGAAAUGUACCUCAAGCUGAAGGAAAAAGAGCAAAAGUUGGAACAAGAACAACUGGAGCUGGAUCUCGCACUGAAUCCGUCAACAGCAGAAUAAGCAUUUGCGUCACAUACCUUGACGAUUUAGUUAUUAAGUUUUUGUUUCAUAUCAUAGAUUUUAGGUGAUCAAACAAAAUCGAGCAAUGUCUCGAGUGGUGCACAUUCUACGAGCCGGUAAGCUAAGCUAUCAAAAG